CCUUCGGAUUUUUUUUUUUUCAGGAGCAUGUUGUUCCACAGAUUUGUGUAUUUCCCAGAAUUUCUCCUGUAUUUAUUUAUAGUUUUAUGCCAUUGGGACUUGAGGUAUAUAAUCUGUCCUGGAAAAUGUUUUCUGUGUGCUUGAGAAGAAACUAUUCUUUUGCUAUUGGAAUGUUUAUAUAUGUCUUUUAAGUCUAUCAGGUUUAGCAUGUUCAUGUUGGAGCUAUAAUUCAUAUGUCUUGGUGCCAGGAAGUUCUCAACCAACCAUGGUACAUGCAUGGUACAACCAUGGUACAUACAUUGGGCUUAUAUGACCUGAUGGCACCGUUACACGUGUACCACUGAUAGUUCAAGCUAUUGGGAAUAUGUUAAUGUGUAUUUCAAGUCCAGUGUUUCCUUCCUGAUUUUUUUUUUUUUUUUUGUCUUUUUCCUUUUCAUCGGUACCAGGGAUCGAACUCACGACUGGCUGCUUGCAGGGCAGGCGCUUAUGCCACUGAGCUAAAUCCCCAGCCCCUCUUCCUGAUUUUCUAAGUGAUCAUUCCAUUGCUGAAGGUGAAGUAUAGUAUUUGCUGUUGGGUGGAAUGUUCUGUUUAUAUCUGUUAGGUCUAUUUACUGAACGUGUAGUUCAAGUCUAGCAUUUCCUUAUUGAUUUGCUAAAUGGUCUAUCCAUUGCAGAAAGUGAACUAUUGUAAUCCCAAAGAGACUUUAUCACCCUUUUCUUUCUCUUCCCUGUUUUUCUUGCUAUCUAAGAAGAUAAUUUUAUCAGUUCUUGUAAGAUCCAUUUUCAGUGUUGAUGUAAUUAUGGUUACUUAAAUAUAAUAUUGUUCAUGUAGAAACCAUAUGGUAAUUGUUGAUUGACUUCAUUUCUAUAAAGUUUGUUUUACCUUAUUUUAUGUUUUCAUCUGUUGUUUUGAGAGAAAUAUCCACAUAUUCUCCAACAUAUGUAUACAUCUCCCCUCAGUAUAUUAAAAGACAUCAGGUUAUUUAUCAUUUGUAUUGAUUAUUUUUUUUGGCAGUGUUUGGAAUGAAACCCAUGAGUUAGUGCAUGCUCAGCAGGCUUUCUACACUGUGCUACACUCUCAUUUGAGGUAACCACACUGGUGUUCUCUGCCAUCUUUAUCCAAACUGUUUCUGUCUUUUUAUGUGAACUAUAAUACUGCCAUUUGACCUUCUGGGAUUUCUUUUUCAUUCAUAUCUUGGAAAAUUGCCUGGGUUAUCUUUUACAUUGACUUUUGUUAUCUUUUACAUUAACUUUUGAUGUUGGUUUCAAGUAUCUCCCAGUAGCUUCCUGGAAAACAAUGGUUGUAUUUUUGAUGCUUUCCUGUCUGAAAACACCUUGUUCUACUUUUGCAUCUGAUAGUAUGGUGUGGAAUUCAAAAUUGGAAUCAAAUUUCCAGUUUGCUUCAUUCUAGCUUUUCUCUUGAUAGGUUUAUUCUGAUUCAUGUAUUUGAUUUUUUUGUAUGUAAUCUGUUUUUCCUUUCUAAAAGUUUUGGAAUAUUCUCUGUCCUGACUUCAUAAACUUUUAAGUGCAGUAUAGUUGAUCUUUUUUCAUGGUUCUGGCUACUUCAUGCUUUUCAAUCUCAUUAUGCAUAUAACACUUAUUUCCUGUAGUCCUAGAAUUUUUUUUCUAUGAUUUUCUAUUUCAUCUUUUACUUAAUCUCUUGUUUUUAGAUGCUGGCCUUCUUGACUAUCUAAUUUUUCUGUUUUCUUUCCUAUGUUUCUGUCCUGUGAAUUCCUCAACUUUAAAUUUUAUUCUUUUUGUUUUAAAUUUAAGUACAUCAAAAUCUGUAUUUCUCUUACACAGUUUUAUAAUUUUUGAUGAAUGUCUAACAGGUAACUACUACAGACAAGCUACAAAAAAUUUCUUAGCCCUCAUACAUCCCUUUCAGCUUUUUCUUUGUAGUUAACCUUUGCCUGCAGUUGUUAACAACUGGCAACUGCUACCCAUUUUCCCUUUAAUUUUGCUUUUUCCAUAUAUAUAAUUGUAAGGUCAUAGAACAUGCAGCCUUUUGAAUCUUUUUUCACUUAGUAUGAUAUUUUGAAACUUGUACAUGUAUGUAUUAAUAUCUCAUUUUUUAUUGUUAGGAAGUAUUGUACCAUAGUUUGUGCACUCACCACUCAAAGUAUGUUUCAGUUGUUUGUACUUUUGAGGAUUAAGAUUAUGGAUAAAGCUGCUAUAAGUACAUAUGAGUUUUUGGGUAUACAUUUCAGUGGAUAUCUAAAAGUGGGAUUUCUAGGUUGCUGGGUCAUAUGGUACCUAUUUUGUAAGAAACUUUAUUUUUUAGAGUUGAUUGUAUUAUUUUAUAUUCUCAAUAGCAACAUGCAGAUUGCAGUUUCACAUAUUUUGGUAUUACCAGUUUUAAAAAUCUUUUAGUUAUUCUAAGAUGUUUGUAGUGGUAUAUUAUUAAAGAUAUACAAGUAGUUGGGCUGGACAUAUACUCGGUGGAAGAGCGCUUCCUUAUAAUGCAGCCUUAGGUUUAGUUCCCUAGUAUUUCCAACAGGCUACAACAAAAAUAUAAGAUUGCCCCCAAAACUGCUUGAAAAGGUACUCAAUAUCAUUAGCCACUGGAGAAAUACAAAUCAAAACCACCAAAAUUCCUCUUCACAUCUACUAGGAUGACUAUAAUCUGAAAAUAUGCCCAAGUAAAAAUUGUAUCUAAAUCUUUAUACUAAUAUCCACAAAGUGGAAAUAAUCCAAAUUUUUGUUGAUUUGAUCAUUAAAUUGUGGUUUAACCUUACAGUGGAUUGAGACACUGAUACUGCAGGAGUAUAGACUUUGAAAAACUUAGUAUUGAGUGAAAGGAGCCAGUUACUCCUUUACUACAGUAUUGCUUGGUAGCAUUUAUUUGAGACAUCCAGAAUAGCUAAAUCUGGAGACUAGAAAGUAGAUUAGUGGUUGCCUGUGAUUGGUGGGAAUAGGAGGAUUAGAAGUUGAUGACUGUAAGAUACAGGGUUUCAUUUUCAGGUACUGGUAUUGUGCUAAACUUGAUGUGGUUGUGAGUGUACUUAUACAAAAAAAUCAUUGACUUGUACACUUUACGGAGAUGAUCUGUAUGCUCUGUGACAUGUCUCAAAGCUGUUAAAAAUUCACCCAUUUUAAAGAGUACAAUUCAAUAAUUUUUAGCGAAUCUAUAGAAUUUUACAAACAUCGAGUACAAAACAGGUAAAGAUUUUCAUUCCAAAAAGAUUUUUGUGUUUGUUUAUAGUCUGUACCUAUUCCAUCCAUAGAUAAUUAUUAAUCUACUUUCUAUCUUUGUAGAUUUCUCUUUUUUGUAUAUUGCAUAUAAAUGGAAUUAUAAAUUCUUGGGAUUGUACACCUUUUGAAAUCCUUUUACUAAGGGCCAAUUUCUCCCUAUCCUUAUUAAUACUUGUUAUAUUUUUUGUUUUAGCCAUCUCAGUAGGUGUGUAACAAUGUGUUAUUGUACUUUAACUUUUCAUUUUUCUAUUGGCUAGUGUGUUUUUUAAUGUUAUUAGACAUUCCUAUAUCUUUAGUGAAACAUGUAUUUAAAUCUUUUGUCCACUUAAAAACAUGGAUUGAUUCCUCAUUGUUGAUGUUGAGAGGUCUUUGUAUAUUUUAAAUACAAAGUUUUCUCAGUUAGAUAUAUGUAAAUACUUUCUCCCAAUUUGUGGUUUGUAUUUUCACUCCUAACAGUGUCAUUUAUAGAACAAAUGUUUAUAAUUUUGUUAAAGUCCAGUUAAUCAAUUUUUUUUCUUUAUGUGAUAUUUAACAGCUCUUAACCCAAAUUUCCAUAGAUUUUUUUUCUUGUUUUCUUCUUAAAGUGUUAAAAAAUGAAAUUUGAUUUUACAUAUCUAUUUCUGAGUACUUAUUUCUGGUUCAAAAUUCAAAACAUACAAAGAGGCAUACAGGGAAGUAUCCUUGCUGCCUUUCUUGACCCGGAAGACCAGACUGCUGAGGGCUAUAAUUUAAAAAAAAAAAAAAAAAAAAAAAACAGGUGUUUUAGAUUUGUGAUGUAUUUUGAGUUAAUUAUCAUACAAAGAGUGAGAUACAGGGCUGAGAAUUUAGCUCAGCAGGCUUAAGCGCCUGCCUGGAAAGUGGGAGGUCCUGAGUUGAAUUCCCGGUACCACAAAUAAAAAAACAAAAGAGAGAAGGAUCCUGCCUUGUUCUGGACAAGCUCCACCCCUUGCUUCUCCUGCUUUUGGGAAGUGCCAAGAUUCUGCCGAGCUGACUUCAGCUGCCUUCUGCUUAAACUUUGAGCUGCUUCCCGGAGACCUGCAAACGCAAGCCCUUCUCCCUGCCCCUCACUCCUCCUUGCACCCUGCUUUCUUCUUUCCACACUUCUGUUAUUUCUCUCCCCACUCCAUUCCAUACACUAUGCAUAAAGGAUGGAAAAAGUAUGGUGGCCAGAAGUCUUUGAAUGAGGCUUCAAUGGAUGAAUAUUUAGGCAGUUUAGGGCUGUUUCGGAAGCUGACUGCCAAGGAUGCGUCUUGCCUUUUUCGGGCUAUUUCGGAGCAGUUAUUUUGCAGCCAAGUCCAUCAUUUGCAAGUCAGGAAGGCUUGUGUCUCAUAUAUGAAGGAAAAUCAACAAACAUUUGAGUCUUUUGUGGAGGGAUCUUUUGAGAAAUACCUGGAACGGUUGGGAGAUCCCAAGGAAAGUGCUGGGCAGCUGGAAAUAAGAGCUCUUUCUCUAAUUUAUAAUCGGGAUUUCAUUCUUUAUCGCCAUCCUGGAAAGCCACCAAUUUACGCCACAGAUAAUGGUUAUAAAGACAAGAUUGUACUCUGCUAUUCAAGUAAUGGUCAUUAUGAUUCUGUGUACCCAAAACAAUUUCAGUCAAGUGCAGCUAUUUGUCAGGCUGUAUUGUACGAAAUUCUCUAUAAAGAUGUGUUUGUUGUGGAUGAAGAGGAAUUGAAAACUGCAGUUAACUUGUUUCGAAGUGGUUCUAAGAAGAAUAGAAACAAUGCUUUGACUGGAAGUGAAGAUGCUGAAAUUAAUUACAAGACUUCAACUCAGGAUAGGACUGAAGAGUGGAGUGUUGGUUGCAGUAUUCAGAAUACGCAAGAGGACUGUAAUCAAGGAAGAGAAGAAUCGAAGUCUCCAGAAAAUCCAUCAAAGAUGCCCUUCCCCUAUAAAGUACUCAAAGCCCUGGAUCCAGAAAUCUAUCGUAAUGUAGAAUUUGAUGUUUGGUUGGACAGCAGAAAAGAACUUCAAAAAUCUGAUUACAUGGAGUAUGCUGGAAGACAGUAUUAUUUAGGAGACAAAUGUCAGGUUCGCUUGGAAUCAGAUGGAAAAUAUUACAAUGCUCACAUUCAAGAAGUUGGAAAUGAGAACAAUUCAGUAACAGUUUUCAUUGAAGAAUUGGCAGAAAAGCAUGUUGUUCCACUGGCUAACUUAAAAGCAGUUACCCAAGUGAUGCAUAUUCCUACCUGGAAUACUAUCUCCAGUCGGAAAGGAAGAGGUUACCAGAAAAUGUCUGCAGGCUAUAUCCCAGAAAUGGCUAUGUCAGAGAUGGACAUGAAGCAGCGGAAAAAGAUAUUUAAGAAAUUUCGAGGGAAAGAGGAUUAUAUGACAAUGGCUUACAGCAGGGGAGAUUCUCUUCCUUCGCCCAGAUUUCAGCGCAGUAUGCAUUAUGGGCAUGAUCCUCCACUUCACUACUCACAGACAGCUGGCAAUGUUAUGUGCAAUGAACAGUUUCAUCCUCAACAUUCAUCUUACAGACAAGGCCGAGGAUAUGGGAUACCUAGAGGUUCAUCUCGUUUUAUAAAUAGGCAUAGCAUGCCAAUCCCUAAAGUUGGUUUUUACCCUGAACCAGAUAAAAGGUGCUGCCAGAGUUUUGACAAUUUCUCCUAUAGAUCUCGUUCCUUCAGACGUAGUCAUCGCCAAAUGCAUUGUAUGAAUAAAGAAUGUCAUUAUGGCUUUGUCCCUGAGAAUGGACAGAUGCCCAGUGGCUUGGAAGAAACAGUUACUUUUUAUGAAGUUGAAGGAGAUGAGACUGCUUAUCCACCUUUACCUAACCAUGGUAGUCCCUCUAUGAUGAUUCCUGCUACUUCAGGAUACUGUGUUGCAAGGCAAGGACAUAGCUCAGGAAAACAGACUUCCAAUUCAGAAGAUGGCAAUGACCAGAGUGACAAUGGGAGACAUGAAGAAUAUCUUUAUCCUUCAGAACCAGACUAUGAAGCUUCAGGUAUAUAUAGCACUACUACAUCUACAGCAAACUUGAUGAUGGGAAAUUCUGCAGUAAUUGCAGCUUCCUGUGCCAGUAAUGUUCCAGCUCCAGUCUUACCUAAUUGUGUAGCAGCUAAUCAAGCUAGUGCUACUUCAUCAGUUUCCUCACAGAAUGCUAUACAGCCUCUAUUCGUACCUCCUACUACACAAGGAAGGCCAGUGAUUGCUUCACCAUCUUAUCAAUACCAUUCUGCUGCUGUUCGUGCUGCUGCAGCCUCUUUUCCACCACCACCUCCGCCUCCACCUCCACCUCCACCACCACCACCUCCUUUUGAGAUAGAAGAGGCUUCAAAUUUACCCCCACAACCUCCACCAUAUUCCUGUGAUCCAAAUGGCAGUGAUCUGCCUCAAGAUACUAGAGUUUUACAGUACUAUUUCAAUUUGGGAUUGCAGUGCUAUCACCACAACUGUUGGCACUCUAUGGUCUAUGUGCCACACAUGCAGCAGCCUCAUAUGGAGAAUUACCCAAUCUAUACCGAGCCACCUCCUCUGAUAGACCAAACUGUUCCUCACUUGUACAGUGAGGUAGGGAGAGCAGAUGGCGCACAGGCAGACACAUCAGUGAAUGGUACUUUUCCAAAUGCUGACUCUGCAUCUAUCCCUCAUGGAGCAGUCUAUUAUCCAGUGAUGUCAGAUCCCUAUGGGCAACCGCCAUUGCCAGGUUUUGAUUCCUGCCUUCCCGUUGUGUCAGAUUAUCCCUGUGUUAUACCCUGUCAUCCAGUUGGCACAGCAUAUGGUGGUUCUUCUCAAAUUCAUGGUGCUAUAAAUCCUGGGCCAGUUGGCUAUGUUACUUCACCUCCAUCAUCUUUUCAUUAUGUACCUCAGAAUAUGUAAGAUUCAGCAUUACACAGUAUUCUUGCACUACCAUUUUCUUGCUAUUUUGGUUUUUAAAGUUUUUUAUGUUGAUGUUUAAGUGAUUUAUGUGGCAAGAGUCUUUACUAUUGUAUAUGUCUUUAAGAUUGUUUUAUCUUUGGAUUUAAAAUAUUCCUUUAAAGGAAUACUGCUUUGGGCUGUGAAUGAGAAAAUUAAGAUGGAUAUACAACUAGCCCCAUACUAAGCAUAUUUGUUUGUAUUCAGUUGUUUUCCUCUGUCAACCAGCUUGUCAUCUUCGUAUUAUUUGAGGGUGCCAAUUGAAAUAAAUCAUACAAAUUAUUUUCUUGGCUCAGAAAUCCUACAACAUACUAAAAGUUCAAUAUUAUAAUCUCUACUUUUCUAGAAAAUAAAACAGCAAAAUCAAGAGCCUUUGCUUCUGGGUAACUUAAUAUUAAAUAAGAGAGUUCUUCUAAGUUUCUUAAGAAUUGUAUGACCUGAGUUGUAUUCUGUGAUAUUAAUCAGUUUUGAAGUCAUAUGGUGCUCUGCUUUAGAUUUAUCCCAUAUGCUAUUGUUUAAUACUGGGUUUAUGUUACUUUUACUGCACAGUAUUUAACUGGUGUCCUUUGCACAGUUAGCAGUAAAUAAAAACUAGCAUUUAAAAUUACCAAAAUGAGUGUGAUUUUCUUUUUUUCUUUUUUUUUUUGCUUUUUCGUGGCAGCAGAGAGUGUACAAGACAUUUGCUUAUUUCAGAAUGUUUUUCCCUGGCAUUUUGAUUGCAGAAGAAUGUGAAUUUAUAGCUUCAACAGAGUGGGGGUAAGGGUGGUUUCAGGGCCACUUGAAAUGUUAUUUACUCUCGGAUCAGAUACAUACUACCAUUUUUAGCGCUUUUCUCUUGAGAAUGUUCCUUUUAAAGUUACUUGGUUUUAGCUUUGCGUGGUAGUGCAUGCCACAGCACUUGAGUAGCUGAAGCAGGAGGAUCACUGCAAGUUCAAGGCCAACCUAAACACCACAGUGAAAUCCUGUCUCAAAACACUCAAAAAAUAAGCCACAAAAUAAAUGUGUGACUAUUCUAAUAUGGAAAUUUUAAUGUAGACUGGCUUUCUCAUUUUUGUGUAUCCUGAAUAGUUGUCAUAUUGUGCUUUUUUUGGUUUUGUUUGUUUUUAGACCUUUAUCUCAAGGCCAGGCUUAUGUGAGAUACUUUUCAUCAACCCUUUUUGCCUUCUCCCUUUCAUCCAAAGACCAGAUCUGUAUUAAUCAAUUAUCCUCUGAGGAUUAAUUUGUCCAGAAUUUUUCCUGUAUCUCACCUGACAAACAUUUUUAGUAAGUGUUUUUCAGUUCCCACAAAACCUAUUUAUCACUAUCAUCUUCUUAAAAUAUUAUACAGUGGUACCUCAGUUUGCACACACUUUUGUUUGCAAACUGCAUGGGGUGACAAAAAUAACUGUAGACUUUUCCCCCCAAAUUAUAGAACAAAUUAAGUUCAUGAACUGAGGUACCACUGUAUAUACCUGUGAAUCAGACUAUACUUUCACCCCUGCAAGCCAUACGCCCCGCAAAAAGAACUAUUUGAGACACUGAACCUUGCAUUCAAACAGUAUUGCACUGAUGUGGAAUCCAUUACAAAGAAUCUUAAAUCUUCUCUUCAAUGUCUCAUUCUCAAGGUGAUUGACAUUAAUAGAUCCCAGAUAAACCGAUAUACUACUUAAAGAAUUCUACUUAAUAAUACGACAUAGCGCUGUUUGGAGCUUUUGGUUUUUAAAGCGUUGUUCUACAAGAAAUGUAGAAUGGCAGUAUACUGAUCUUUACGCAACUCUCUUAUAAUGUUUUACCUGUUUGUCUACUAACCUCUUGGUUGAAUUUCAGCAGCCCACAGUCAAGCUUAAAGCAUGGAGCAACCCUUCUCCAACAUUUUUUAAUGUGCUUACCCUUGUGAAGGAACCAUAAUUUACAGCAAAUGAUUUCCUGUAUCUUAAACUGUCAGUGGUUCACUAGCUUUUGAGGGGAUGUUUUAGAAGGUUAUUAUCCUUUCUUGAGAAUAUGGGUCUGAACUUUGGCUGGUUUUGAGACAAAUUACUUCUGCCUUGGGUUUCUAGUUUUUAUUUCAAACUUGUAGGUUUCUACCUUUCCUUAAAUUUAAUUACCAGAUAACACAGUUUAACUAGGUGAUUGCUUUGAACUUUCAAAUCUGAAAUUAAUGUGUAUACUAAGUUGACCUAAUUGUUAACCAAGUGACUCUAUAGCAUUUGUGGUUUAUUUAAAUCAUGCAAAUAUAAGCCCCUUUGCUUGCUUCUCUAGUAGGAGUAAGUCCUUUCCCUCUUGUUGUUUUGGGUGGAGAGAAAUGGAGCUGGAAUAAGCUCUACUGCUAUAUUAAGUCUUCAGUUGUUCUUGGGGGCAGCUGCCAGAUGUAGCUUUUCUAGUAAUUAAUAAAACCCAAAGAGAACAUUGUAAUUGGCCUAUAGCACAAAAUAGUGGUAGGCUACUUCAUUUUACAUAUUGCCUCCCCUUGUCCUUGAUAUGACAAAGAUGUACUCUUUCCUCUACUGAUGAUCAAAUUUCAUCAAUUUAGAAUCGUUGGGAGAAGGAGAUAUAAUGGUACUGUGAUUUGUUUGGGACUCGUUAUUUCCCCGCCCCUUAUUGAUACCAUUUGGUUAUACUAAAGGUAAAAAAAUGGAUAAUUUCUGUAGCAAGGAAAAAUAACUAGACUUCAUUUUUAUGCUGUAUGUAUCUUUAAAAGAAAUUAAGAGCUUUCUGUCUUGAUUAAAAACAUGAAAAUAUUGAGUAUUUUACUGUUCAAAUUCAAGACGUGAAUUUAAAACAUCUUUCCUUGGAGCCUAUAAUCAAGGCAUAACCUUUAAUUAGCCUUGUAAAUAAAAGAUAUAAACAUCAUUUUUUUUUCAAAGUGUGAACAUCAGACAUUCAAAACUUGGUUUAGAUAUAUAUAAAUCUUCAUACAUAACAAAAUAGUCCAUUUGGGAGGGUAGGCAUGAAUGAAUUCAAACUUUUCUAAACCUGAGGCAAAUUUAGUCUUUUACAUCAAAUCACUAAGGGAAUUGUUAUACCAAAAACAGCCUCCUCUUUGCUACUUAUUCUACAUAGAAUAUUAAGUUUUUGUAGUAGCAACUUGAUUUAAAAUAUUUGACUUCUAGCUCAACUGUCCCUGUAAUACUUUUCAGAGAUGUGAGGAAUUUCACUUCGGGAAAAAAUUGACUUAAGUUUGGACAACUUUACUGUAUUAUUAAAACUGCUUUAGAAUUGUUAAUCUGGAAAUUGCUUCAAAGUAUUCUAGGCAUAAACUUUAUAGAUAAAAGAUUAUCACUAUGUCACUGUAAAUCAUUGAAACUUGGAUCCCUUAAGCCAUCCUCUUAUUUUUGUGUUUGAAAUGUUUCCCAGUUAAAAUUAUCUUGGUAACUGGCCAUCUGGAGAAGAGAUACUUAUGAAGUUAGAGUUCAGGUUUUUGAAAAUGUCUUGAGUCUUGAAUUACAAGAUUUUACAGCAGCUGUCAAAUAAGGCCUAUAGACUUCUUGCUAAGACAUCUAGGCGGUUGGGGGAAGCCUAGAGAAUAGGAAAUGGUUUUUAUGAAAUUUUGCAAUUCUCAAGAAUAUUCAUUAGUUUAUAUGUAAAACUUUUUAUUGAAUACAUGGUACUCAGUUGUAUUUGAAACUAAAUGGAAUGAGCCAUUUCAAGUUUUACAGUUUCUGUCAUUUUCCUAAUAAUCAGCAAUAUUUUUAAAUUUAUUUUUUUUCUCCUUAUGAUUGCCAGAGGGGAUUUUGGAAACCAGGGUAUCACUGACUGACAGACUGCUAUUUCCCUGGUAGGUGGUUCUUGCCACUAUCUAGACAUUUUAUGAAGCACAGGAGUUUCAAUAAUACUGAAGUUAAAUCAGUUAUUAGGAAUUUAGUUCAGUCAAUGGAUAAAAACAUUGAGAUGUAUCGUAGUGAAAUAUUAUUAGAUAAUAGUAGUCAUUAGUGUUAUAUGACUAGUCAGUCCCUUCAUAUAAUUUACAAAGCUCCUCUUGCAGACCUUAUUGCAUGUAAAAUAAUAGGCUUCUCAAAUUGUUUUCAGAAUCAUAGAAAAAAAUCUACUCUAGCACUAGGUUACUAAAGUACUAGAGAUAAAUUAUCAUAUUGUUCUGGAUAUCAACCACAUAAAAGUGAAAAUUUUUACAUCAGUAAGCUGUGUAGUAUUCAGUUGUACUGCUUGUUUCAACAGUUGAACUUUGUUUUUAUUUCUUUUUUCAUUUUUUCUUUUUCUUUUUUUAUAGCUCUGGUAAAAUAACUUUACCCAAGAAAUUUUCCUGGUUAUUAUGAAGCAUGUCAUAGGUUAGGGUUUUGUUAAUUUAAUUCUUUUCCUCUAUUCACUGCUUUUUUCCCAAUAUUUUAUUAUGAAAUAUUUUUAAUAUACCGAAAACUGAAAGAAUUGUGCAAGGAACAAUUAUAUUUACCACCUAGAUUUAAUAGUGAACAUUUCACUGUGCUUGCUUUUUCACACAUCCAUCUAUAAAUCCUUAUUCUUGAAUUUUAAAAUUCCAGACUUGAAGUAUAGUACACUCCUAAGCAUUGUGGCAUGCAUACUGUUAACUAGAGUUCAGUAUUUAUUAAAGAUGUUUUUCUUUUGAGAUAAAGUUCACAUGCAGUAUAGUACAAAAAUCAUAAAUGUUGAGGGCUGUGUAUGUUGAAAAAUACAACUUUGAAGGGCAAGCGUUUUCAAAAUAAGUUUUAUCACUUCCUCAGAUCCUCCAUGCUCCUUCCCACUUAAUUUGUGAUACUACACUCAUCCCCCAGUGAACUGCUGAUAUUCCCCCUAGGACAGAUUACUUUUCAUUUUUAAAAAAACAUAUAAAUAAAAGUGUGAUUUGGGAGUAGGGUUUCUUUUUGUGAUGUGUCCGUGUGUGUUGAUAGUAUGUUCUUUUUUUAAUAGUAGUGUGUGGGUAUGAUACAAUUUGUUUAUCCAAAUUAUUUGUCUGGAUAGACUUUUGGGAACUUCCCAGUUUGUAGAGAUUGUAUUGAACAGAACUACUAUGAGUAUUUUUCUAGAACUCUUCAUGUGAACAUUUGUUUUUAUUCCUCUUGGAAUGAAGAAUUGUUGGGUCGUAGGUUGGGUGUAUGUUAAAUUUCAUAAACAACUGACAUCUUCCCAAAGUGACUAUACCAUUAUACUUCCGUCAGCAGUAUAUGAAAAUUCUUUGGACAUAAUAUGGUUGUUUUUAAAAAAAUUUAGCCUUUCUUGGUGGAUGUGUAAUAAGCACUAUAAUAUUGUGGUUUCAAUUUGCAUUUUCCUGCUUAUAUUUUUCAAAGUGAGCAUGUUUCUCAUGUGUUUACUCAUCGUAUACAUUCCUUUGUGAAAUAUAUUCAGCACAUUUCUAUAGUUUCAUUAUAGGAGUACUUUUUUCCCCAGUUUCAAAUCUUUCUCAAGUAUAUGACUAAUUUUUCAAAUGCCCUUAUCUUGUUAGUGUGUAAAAAUUAUAGACUGAUUUUCGUAAGUAAUUACACCAGAAUCUAAGAAUGAGUUAGUUGAAAGUUAAGCUGCUUUAGUAUGCUAACCAGUGGUCUGGGGGCCUAAAAGUUUAAGUAAUAAAAUGUGAAACAAGAAAACUUUAGGACUUUGAAUUAAUUGUGGGAAAAAGAAAUGAAAACACUUGUAUCACAUGGGUGUACUAAGCUUAUACUGGUGUGACGAUGACCGUCUUAACCUUGGUUUAUGUUUUCUACAGAUUCAAAUUGUUUUGUACAGCAUGUGUCAUACUUUGUGGUACUGAAUAAAGAACAAAUUACUACUA